AUGCUUGUAUCCGCUCUCUUCACCGUCACUCUUUUACAGACAGUUAGUGCGUCGAUAGGACCGAUUGCGAACGUCCAUAUCGUCAACAAUUACAUACAACCAGAUGGCUACAAUCGCUCCGCCGUUCUCGCCGGCAACUCUUCGACGGCUGGGACAUUCCCUGGACCUCUUAUUGUUGGCACCAAGGGUAGCACAUUCUUCUUGAAUGUAGCCGAUCACCUGACCGACACGACGAUGUUGAGGAGCACUAGCAUCCAUUGGCAUGGCAUGUUCCAGCAUAACUCCAGCUGGGCAGACGGUCCAGUUGGAGUGGCGCAAUGCCCCAUCGCCCCUGGUAACUCAUUUUUAUACCAGUUCUCUGUUCCUGAUCAGGCCGGAACCUUUUGGUACCAUUCCCACCACUCCACACAAUAUUGCGACGGCUUGAGAGGCGCUAUGGUGGUUUACGAUCCUUUGGACCCAUACAGAUAUUUGUAUGAUUAUGAUGAUGAAUCAACUGUCAUUACACUUGCGGACUGGUACCACACCCCCGCUCCAUCUGCCGGCCUUGUCCCUACAGCGGACUCGACAUUGAUCAACGGGAAGGGUCGUUACUCUGGCGGACCUUCUUCUGACCUUGCAGUCAUCAACGUUAAGCGCAACGCGCGCUACCGCUUCCGCUUAGUCUCCAUUUCUUGCGACCCCAACUUUACUUUUUCCAUUGACGGGCAUAACAUGACCAUCAUCGAAGUCGACGGCAACAACGUUCAACGAACAACUGUGGACUCCAUUCAGAUCUUCGCUGGACAGAGAUAUUCUUUCAUUUUGACGGCUAAUCAGGCAGUUUCUAAUUACUGGAUACGUGCACUACCUAAUGUCGGGACGCAAGGCUUCUCCGGGGGAGUCAACUCGGCCAUCCUCCGCUAUUCCGGUGCUAAUAGCUCGGAUCCUACGACAAAUCAAACUACCAGCGUCGUUCCUAUGCUUGAAACCAGCCUCCACCCGUUGACGAACCCAGGCGCUCCAGGAAAGCCAGUUGCUGGAGGUGCUGAUGUCAAUAUCAACUUGAAUAUCACGUUCAAUGCCACGGAACUCCUAUUCACUGUCAACGGAGCGAGUUUCCAACCACCUACAGUGCCCGUUCUACUACAGAUUCUAAGCGGCGCCAAGACCGCACAGGAUUUGUUACCUUCUGGAAGUGUAUAUACCCUUCCUCGCAAUAAGGUUGUUGAAGUUACAAUGCCUGGAGGCGCGGCCGGAAGUCCCCAUCCCAUUCAUUUACACGGACAUGCCUUUGCCGUUGUGCGGAGUGCAGGAAAUUCAACUUACAAUUAUGUGAACCCUGUCCGCCGUGACGUGGUCAGUAUAGGAGCUUCCACAGACAAUGUCACCAUUCGUUUCAAUACGAACAACCCGGGCCCAUGGAUUAUGCAUUGCCACAUCGAUUGGCAUCUUAAUCUCGGAUUGGCGAUCGUGUUUGCUGAAGACGUUCCAACGAUUGCUACUAGCACCCAUCCUACCGCAUGGGAUAAACUGUGCCCCACCUACGACGCUCUUCCCACUGAAUCUUUCACGUAA